AUGACCAAGGAAAAUAUUUGGUUUUACAUAAAAACACGUACUGCUGCAACAACUUCUGAGAAUAAUGAACGAGUUCAUCUGAUCAUCGAUGAUGAUUCUCAUGUGACGAUAGAAGAAAUUCAAGAACAAACUGGUUUAAGCUAUGGGACUACUCAGCGAAUCAUCAAAGACCAUUUACACCUUACCAAAAUCACCGCUCGCUAUAUACCGAAAGAACUCACUGAUUUCCAACGGAACGAACGAAUGACGAGUCUUGGUUUUUUUCACAAACAAACUGGUCAAAAAUCAUCAUAUGCUGCUUGGGUGGCAAAAGGUGAUGCUUCACCUACAGUACCUCGUCGCGACCGAUUUGAUCCAAGAACAUUAUUUUCCAUCUUUUUUAAAUCGACUGGCCCGCAGUUGGUUCAUCAUGUGGAACGAGGCCAAACUAUCGACCAGGAAUAUUAUAUUGACAACUGCUUGCAACCUCUUGUUGAAGAAAUCAAGCAACAACGACCUUCGUAUGGCACAAAUCGUAUUCUUCUGCAUCAUGACAAUGGCAAACCACAUAUUCAUCGGGAUGUGUCUAGUUAUCUUGAAUAUGAAGGUCUUACAAUUAUAGCUCAUUCGCCGAAUUACCCUGAUUUAUCACUAUGCAAUUUCUGGCUAUUCGAUUUGAUCAAACCGAUUCUCAAUCUUUACAUGACGCUAUAG